AUGAAUCUGUAUACAUGGAAGGAUGUAGAAUCUCAUGAUAAACGCGAUGAUAAAUGGAUUGUUAUUGAUGGUGAGGUAUAUGAUAUUACACAAUGGAGUAAAAAACAUCCUGGUGGUAGUAAAGUAAUAAGUCAUUAUGCUGGACAAAAUGCAACGCAAGCAUUUAAUGCCUUUCACAGCGAUAUAAGCAUUCCAAGUAAAUAUUUAAAAGCAAUUCAUAAAGGCAGUUUAAAAGAGGAAGAAAAACAGAUCUCAAAUAUUGAUCAGGAUUUUCAAAAUCUCAGGGAAACUGUCCAUAAACUUGGAAUGUUUAAACCAAGUUACUGGUUUUAUGGCUUAAAUAUGUUUCAUGUAAUAGCUUUAGAUGUUGUGGCCUAUUUUAUACUACGUUACUUUGGUAUUGGAUGGAUGCCUUUUAUUAUCUCUUUAGCUAUAUCAGUGGUAGUACAGAUUCAAUCAGCAUACCUGGCCCAUGAUUUUGGUCAUACUUCAGUUUUUGGAACAAAAUAUAAAAUUGAUUCUUUUCUUGAAAGAAUAUGCCUAGGCUUUAUGAAGGGAGGUUCAGCUAAAUGGUGGAAUCAUAUGCACUUUCAACAUCAUGCUAAACCUAAUGUGUUGAAUAAAGAUCCAGAUACAAGACUAGAAGCUCUGUUUGUUGUUGGUGAUGUCAUGCCUGUCAAGGUAGCAGAAAGGAAAAAAGAUAGCAUGCCAUACAAUUGGCAACAUAGAUAUUUUCUUGUUAUUGGACCACCAUUUUUAUUUCCUGUUUAUUUCCUGUAUGCAUUGAAUCGCCAUAUUUUAACUCGAAGAGAAUAUCUUGAUUUUUUCUUUACUAUAUGUUAUUGGACUAGAUAUUGGUAUCUAUAUGGUGGGUUAUUGGGUUUUACUUCAGCUCUCGCCUUUCAACUUGUUAUGAGGGUAUUUGAAAGUAGUUGGUUUACAUGGGUCAGUCAAUCUAAUCAUAUCCCAAUGAGUAUUGAAGAAGAUGAUGCUAAACCUUGGCUCAGACUACAAUUAAAUGCAACAUGUAAUGUAGAAAAAUCAGCCUUUAAUGACUGGUUUACUGGACAUUUAGAUUUUCAAAUAGAACAUCACUUAUUCCCAACAAUGCCUAGACAUAAUUUAUAUAAAAUCCAGCCAUUAGUCAAGUCACUCUGUGCUAAAUAUGAUUUGAAUUAUGAGGUGAAACCAUUAUUAAAGUCCUUUAAAGACAUUGUCAGAUCACUGAAGAAGUCUGGUCAAAUUUGGUUAAAAGCUUACACUAGAUUUCAUGGUUCAAAUGCCUGUAAUAACAAUUCUUCUUAA